AAGUUUGCCCUCCGGACGGCUGAAGCGGGUUCGUCCUCUCAACUCGAGAAGUAACCUUCUCAUAUGUGGCCAUCUCAGUCCACGGCAGAAAUAGUGAAAGACAGUACUUACCCCCGCUGUUAGUUCCCGUCUUCAAGUGGACCUUCAACCGUAUGUCCUCGGUCACAUCCCUAUUUUUACACCGAGAGGCAGCCUGCGGCACAAAGCACCACGGGUAAUACUAGCAACACUCAUCAACAACGUCCUCUAGAAGAACCUCAGCGACAGAUACACACAUACGUAUACAUAUACCGACUGUUAUGCACAGCACAGUAUUCCAUCUACUGACGUUCUAUGCGCGGUCGAAGAAGCCGCCGGAGACGCAGAAGUGCAUUUUUCCCAGGUAUUUUGAACGCAGCUCAUUUCACCACGUGACUGACUGUCAGCUGAUCGGCAGGCGGAAGCGGACGGAAACAUGGUGGUCUUAUUGAACAGGUUGCCUGUCAGCGAGUGUCUAAAACUCUGCCACAGGGUGGUGGAUGGACUGUGUGGGCGGGAGCCUCCUCACAGGGGGGAUCACGGAGCCUCCUGGAACCUGGAGGAAUGGCUGGAGCUGCUCGACUCCCUGACGGCCCUCUUCCGCCGGGCAGUGGGGAGCAACAGCUCUGAUGAAGAGGUACUGGCCGGGCUGGCAGAUGUGGACAGCAGCCACGCCGAGUCUGUGCUGAGCGUGCUGAGAGCUCGACGGGAAGAGAUCCGAGACUCUUUGCUGGACAGAACCAACUCCAUCUCCUCGGCUACUCUGCAGGACUUUGACUGGCAACUUAAGUUGGCUCUGUCCAGCGAUAAGAUCUCCUCUCUCCACACUCCUCUGCUCAGUCUCAGUCUGGACGUGAGAGAGAACAGAGCCCUCCGGUCUGUCACCAUGGAGAUGAACAGAGAGGAGUUAAACACACUCAUCAGUUCACUAGAGGCUGCUAAUAAGGUACACACACACACACUAAACACGUCAUUAGUUUUGGUUAGUUAACGGUGCUGAAUAUGAAAUUCAGAGCAUGCAGACUACUGCGUGUGUGUCUCUCUGCACACUUCCAUGUGUAGCUCAAUGUGGUGAGGGGAAAACCAAACAUCCGUCUACGAUAAACUAUGGUCAAGGUAGAACAUGAAUGAAUGAACUACGCUGUUCUAAUGCAACAGAAGAAACACGGCCACCUGCUGAAUGUUCCACAUCGAUGGAGGAUGAACAGUAGGUGGUGUCAGUGUUACGGCAUACAGCCGCAGCUCAACAUGAUGAGAGAAGUGGAAUGUGUGAUCUUGUUAGCUUCAUCAUGACAGUCGGGGUGCACUAAAAUAACUACAGUAUACUUUAUAUGAAAUCAUUAUUAAAAAAACUGUUCAGGAAAUCACCUAUUUACUUGAGAAAAUACAUCUUUGAGGUGUUUUUAAGAAGUCUUCAGUAGGAACCGGUCAGAGUAUUGACAGCACUGGUCUUCACCAACUCCCGGGGAAACUAUAACAAAUGAUAGUACAGGCGCUAACGACACAGGUCAACUUUCGCAGCAUUUAACCAAACUGUAAACCAUCUGCAGAAUAUUUAGCUAUAUGCUGUUUUAUGCACGUAGUAAAUAUCUGCACUUGGUCCGUCAAAUGAAUGCUGAUGAUUGAUAUGUGUUUGUG